UUGUUUAACUCAUUCUUUCAGAUUUUUGGCUAUACAGUUACCAAUUUUAAAAUGUCAUGGACUAUUCGUGAAGCAGCUCUGGAUGAUGCUGCUGCAGUUAUCCAGUUUAUAAAGGAUAUGAUUGCCUAUCAUGAUAUGUCACAAAAGUACAAAGGGAUAUGCUUAGAAGAAUUCAUACAAGAUUGUUUUGGAACAAAUCCAUGGGUAAACUGCAUAGUUGCUGGAAUAAAAGAAGAUAAAUCAGACAAUGAAGAGAAAAAACUCAUAGGAUUCUGCACAUACUACUACACGUUUAACUCCAAGUUAGGAAGAGGAAUUUACAUGAAUGAUUUGUUUGUUAUCCCUAGUGAGAGAGGUAAGGGAAUCGGCUUGUGUCUGAUGAAAAGCGUCAUAAAGAUAAGCGUUAGGAAAGGAUGUUCCUAUAUGAACUGGGAUAUUACGGACGCCAAUAAAAGUGCUAUUAAUUUCUAUGAAAGACUUGGAGCAAAGAUAGAUGGUAAAACGUCAUUUAUGUCCCUUUGUGGCGAUGCUUUGUACAAAUUAAUUGAUGACAACAAUUAAGAUCAACUAGAAUAAAUAAAUGUUAUAUAGCA